AUGGGGAAAGAAGACGAGGAGUUGAUGAGGCUUGUUCUGUCAAACAAGCGCAUUCCGCCGAACCCCAGAGACUGCGAAUGGCGGACGCCGCUAUCCCGUGCGGCUGGCGGCGGACAAGAAACAGCUGUCAAGCUCCUGCUCUCCCGACAAGACGUCGAGGCAGACUUGAAGGACGGGGAUGGUCGGACACCACUAUCCCAUGCGGCUCACGGCGGACAUGAAGCGGUUGUCAAGCUCUUGCUGGACCGGCAGGACGUCGAAGCGGACUCGAAGGACGGGGAUGACCGGACGCCACUAUCCUAUGCGGCUGGUGGCGGACACGAAAGAGCUGUCAAGCUCCUGCUAUGCCGAAAAGACGUCGAGGCAGACUCGAAGGAUUAUGAAGAUAGGACCCCCCUAUCCCAUGCAGCCGAGCGCGGACACGAAGCGGUUGUCAAGCUCCUGAACCGGGGGUAA